AUGAUUCCCCCAGCGGACUCUCUGCUUAAGUAUGACACCCCGGUGUUGGUGAGCCGGAAUACUGAGAAACGGAGCCCCAAAGCUCGGCCACUGAAAGUCAGCCCUCAGCAACCUGGACCCUCGGGUCCCGUCCCACAGCCACCCAAGACCAAGCUCCCCUCAACUUCCUGUGUCCCAGAUCCUACAAAGCAAGCAGAAGAAAUCUUGAAUGCCAUCCUGCCCCCAAGGGAGUGGGUGGAGGACACGCAGCUGUGGAUCCAGCAGGUGUCCAGCACCCCCAGCACCAGGAUGGACGUGGUGCACCUCCAGGAGCAGCUGGACCUGAAGCUGCAGCAGCGGCAGGCCCGGGAGACGGGCAUCUGCCCCGUGCGCCGGGAGCUGUACUCGCAGUGUUUUGAUGAGCUGAUCCGCGAGGUCACCAUCAACUGUGCGGAGCGGGGGCUGCUGCUGCUGCGGGUGCGGGACGAGAUCCGCAUGACCAUCGCCGCCUACCAGACCCUGUACGAGAGCAGCGUGGCGUUCGGCAUGAGGAAAGCACUGCAGGCCGAGCAGGGGAAGUCAGACAUGGAGAGGAAAAUUGUAGAGUUAGAAACGGAAAAGCGAGAUCUGGAGAGGCAAGUGAACGAGCAGAAGGCAAAAUGUGAGGCUGUUGAGAAGCGGGAGAGUGAGAGGAGACAGGUGGAGGAGAAGAAGCACAACGAGGAGAUACAGUUCCUGAAGCGGACGAAUCAGCAGCUGAAGGCCCAACUGGAAGGCAUUAUUGCACCAAAGAAGUGA